AUUUGCACACGCGCACGCGCUAUGUGUAAACACGCCAAACAAACAAUACACGUGCGCGUAAAAUUAACCAAUCGCUAAAUAAUACAAUUAUUAAAACGGAAGAUAAAAAUUCAAAUGUUGUUUCAUUCAAAGCAGAAAAAGUAAUAACAAAUAAAGUCAGUUUGAUCUACGCAGCAGUCACGGAAGCUGCAACAUCAGUCUUAUAUCUAAAUUCUAUGAACGACACAGUUAAUAAUAGAUUGUUUGAAACAUAAAAAGCAAAAAUGAUCUUCCGGAAUGUUUGGGGUGUGUUUAUCCUGUUGCUUUUCAACAUGGUCUAUCGCAGUUCAGCAAAAGGCGGUAGCAAUACCACCUUGUGUACCAAGAAACAUCUAAUUCUUCGUCCACUGAAGUUAUACUUUCAAUGUGGUUAUACGAUGCGGAAAGACGAAACGAACAAAGCGCCUACUGUGUUUUAUCCAGAAAUUAAGGAGGAGCCAUAUGAUGCAUAUAUUCUGAUUAUGGUUGAUCCAGAUGCCAAUUUAGAUCCCCGUUUAUACUGGUUGCAUUGGUUGAAAACAGAAAUUUCUUAUGAUGCUGUGAAAAAUGGCAUUCAUGCAGAGCCUUCUGACGAAGUGGCCUAUGAAGGUCCGAGCCCACCUUCAGGUAUCCAUCGAUAUCAGUUUUUUCUGUAUGGAGAAAAUCUCAAUAAACUCAAACUGCCAUCAAUGCGAUCAGGUCGUUUAUUUGAUUUCGUAAAAUUUGAAAAGACCAACAGGUUACAAGUUAUAAGUAGUUUUCAAUACUUGGUUUCUGCUUAACCAAUGAUUUGAAGAACAGGGAAAUGUU